AUGUUAAAGACGAAAGAUGAUUUGAAAUCAUUAAUUAAUUCAUUUAAUGAAGCUACUUUAUAUUGGAAAGAUAAUUUAAAUAAACUGGUGAAUUCUUCAAAUGUUGAUAAUCCAAUUAAUGAAUUAAUUAAAUUAAUUAGUUUAAUAAAAGCUCAUACUACAAAAGUUGGAAUUAUUUUUAAACCUGAAAAUGUUGAAAAAGAUCCCCUGGCAGCUUAUAAUACAUUAGAAAAAUUAUCUCAAACAUUGGUAUUAUUGAUUUCUGUAAUUGGACAAUUAAAACAAAAGGAAUUAUCAAAAAUAUACUAUUCUGAAAUCAUAAAUCAAAGUAAAUCUUUGAUUGUCGCAAAUUAUGAGUUCUCCAGUGAGUUGAGUUUAGAUGGUAGAUUAAUUAGUGUCGGUAAAAUAUGGAAUAUUUGUGAUUCAUUAACUUCAUUACUUGAGAAUAAUAAUUUGGGAUUCUUAAGUUUUAAAAUAAAUCAAACUUUGUCUAUAUUAGAUGAUGGUUGGGAUGAGUUUGUUUCAUGGUGUGAUGAUCCAAUUGGACAAGAAGAUCCAUUUGAAAUCUCUGAAGAAGAUGAAGAUGAUGAUUAUGAAUAUAUGGAAAUAAGCGAAUUAAAAGAAUAUGUAAAUUAUUGGUUAAAUAAAAUAAAGUUGGUCAAACUUCUCAUAUCGUCAUUUAAGAAAUCAUUACCUAAAUCAACUACAGGAGAUGAAAUAGAUCAAAUUUAUAAUUUACAAAGUGGAAUCAUUAACCUAAUAGAUUCUUUCAUCAUGGAUAUUAUGUUGAUUAGAAAUACAGAUUUAGAAAUUGAUAAAUGUACUAAUCAAAUAACUAUAAAUUCAAUUAAACUAGCAAAAUUGGCAAGUUCCAUACAUAAAGAUACUAAAAAAUCACAAUGGUAUAUUAGUUGGAUUACUAAAUAUGAUAAUUCGGAUUAG